UUCAUUAUUAUGAAAUAAGACACCACCGAUUUCAAUUUUCACUACCUCAUUUUUAUACUCAAGAUUUAUCGCUUCCCUCUGCAAAUGGAGUAGCAACAAUGGCGGAUUUGGUCAAUAGCUCUACUUCUCAUAUUGCAUUGGGUUUUUUAGGUUUAAGGUGCUCGUUGAGGAUGUUGGAGCUCUUACAUCAUGUAUUGAGUAAGAGAAGUUCCGCCUAGGCUUAUGUGCUUAUGUUUUUUCUGCGUGCCCCUCAACUUGCGUUAUAUCGAAGUAUCUCCAUAGCUGUGAGGAUUGUGGUGUUUCUGUGUGUCUAUUGGAGGUUAUUCACAGAGUUGUGGUGUCACGUCUUAUCUCCGUUGGGUUUUUAUUUGAAAGAGGGAAAAUACAGCAAUUUAAACAUGGAGCCAUUGAAAAAUCAGAAUACUUUGCUGUAUUCAUCAGAACUAGGAAACGAAGAUCAUGGCCCUGUAUCACUAGUUCAUAGGACUGGUGCUUCAGGUUACGAAAAUCCCGUUUUGCAGCACCAGGAGAGUGAUUUGUCAGAACCUAAACCCGUACGCAACUUCUCUAUACAGACUGGUGAGGAGUUCGCUCUUGAAUUUAUGCGUGACCGGGUCAACCCCAAGAUUCCGUUUAUCCCAAAUGAAUAUGGGGAUCCCAGUUAUGUGCCUGGUUACGUGGACCUGAAAGGCAUAUCAGGCAUUAGUCAUGCUGGAUCUGAAAUUGGCUCAGAUAUUCCAAUGGUUGCCUCGAUGGUAAAAGCUUCUACAGAAGUUGAACAGAGAAAUAUGUCUUUACAUGAAAGCAGGGCUAACCAUGGCUCCGUGCAAGUAAGACCUGUCGCUUCUGAUUACAACUAUCAGUCCGUGCUACUGCACUCCUCAUCUGGGGCAUCUGAUAGUUCUUCACAGAAGCUUAAAGCUCUCUGCAGUUUUGGUGGUAAAAUACUGCCUCGCCCCGGUGAUAGAAAGCUCAGAUAUGUUGGUGGUGAAACACGCAUUAUCCGGAUCUUCAAGGAUAUUACAUGGCGAGAGUUAUGGUUGAAAACUACUGCAAUAUAUGAUGAGACGCAUACCAUAAAAUAUCAGCUCCCUGGGGAGGAUCUUGAUGCUUUAGUCUCUGUAUCAAGUGAUGAGGAUCUGUUGAAUAUGAUGGAGGAGUGCAAUUUACUAAAUGGGACAGAAGAAUCAAGAAAGCUCCGUAUGUUUCUAUUCUCUCUUGAAGAUCUGGAAGACGCUCAUUUCAGUUUAGCUAACACAGAUGGUGAUUCUGAGAUUAAAUAUGUUGUUGCAGUCAAUAACAUGGACAUUGUGUCUAGAAAAAGCUCUACCUUUCGUGGGUUAGCAAGCUCUUCUGGAAACAGUUUAAAUAAAUUGGACACUCUCAAUGUCGAAAGGGACACAGGUAGGGCUUCUAGUGAACUUGUUGGGAUUAAUACCUCAGAUAUGGCUGGCUUCAUUGUCUCGUCAACAGCUGGACAAUCUUCUAAAUAUAUUCAACCAAAUUCCUCCAAUGUUUAUGAAAAUCCACACUUUGAUCCUGGUCAGAUCGUGUACCAUCAUGAAGUCAAGCAUCAACCUCCACAUUUUGACUAUAAUCUGCAUCCUCCCUAUAAUGCCCCUUCUGAAAGUGCUGUUCCUCAAUCUUCUUAUGGGGCUGCUUCUCAACAAAAAGGUCUUGAAGGGAAGCCUCCAGGUUUCUCAGACGCUCAAGGCACUCAAGUACAAGAAAAUGAGGCAAAACUGAAAGUUGAUGGUUCAAUGCAACCGGAAAGUAGAAGCAAUGGCGACAGAGAACUUAAUUUUCCAGUUGAGGAGUCAACAGUUGUGAUCCCUAAACUGGGCAAGGAGGUAUCUUCAAAAAAGACAGAAGGGAGGACCCAGGAAUCUGUUCCUGCCCCUAAACCUUUUGAUGUUGUUAAAACAUCCCAAAUUUCUAGUGGAAAUGAGCAUUCUGCAUCUGGUAAUGCUCCAGCUCCCGAAUCUGUUAACUCAGAAAGUGAUCGUACUGAUCUGGGCCACAUCGAGUCUUCUAUUCCUCCUCAAAGGGUCUAUUAUUCUGAGCGAAUUCCUCGAGAGGAGGGUGGGCCUCUUAACAGAAUAUCAAAGUCGGAUGAUUCUCGGAAUUCCCAAUUUCUUGUCAACCAGUCUCAUACUGAUAGUGCCCAGAAAGAUUUGCAAGAUUUAGUUUCGGGAUUUUCUGAAAAAUUGCAAAAUGGAAAUGUAGAUAUUCCUUCCAAGCAGUCAAAUUCUACUUAUCCUGUUGAGCCUGAAACCUUUGAUGACAGGAAUCAAAGAACUCAAAUGGUAGAUGCACGUGAUGUUAAAGAGUCAUUGCAUGAAAAUCAAGAUCUGACAGGGGUGGAAGCUGGUUUGAAGUUUCACGCUGAGAGCCACGAGGAUUCGACACAUUCUGAAGAUCCUACAGCUCGUAGGGUUGAUGGGGUUGGGUGUCAGGAUAUUCCUAAUGAUGCUCAUGAGCAUUCUCAACUUAUGAGAAUGACAGGAACUCAGGGAGAAUCCAAGGCUGCUUUACCCAGAACUGAGCAAGGAGACAUACUUAUUGAUAUCAAUGAUCGGUUCCCUCGUAAUCUCCUUUCCGAUAUAUUUUCACAAGCUAUUCUUUCAGAUAACUCUUCUGAUAUCAGUCUCGUGCCUAAAGAUGGAGCUGGUUUGAGCAUGAAUAUGGAAAACCAUGAACCACAGCACUGGUCCUUCUUCCAGAGGCUGGCAGGGGAUGAGUUUUUGAGAAGGGAUGUUUCUCUUAUUGAUCAAGACCAUGUUGUACUUUCCUCUGCAAUUACAAAAGUUGAAGAACAUGCACCUUUAGCAUAUGACUUUGUGCCACAGACAAGAGAAGGAACUCCUCCUAGUCACUCAGAAUUCCAGGAGAAUUACAGCGAUCGUGAUCAGAAAAAUGUACUAGCUGGAGAUCAGCCUCACUCUAUGGAUCUUCGUUCCAAUUUUGAUGCGCCAAAAGCGAAAGUGAAUGAGGGCGUUCAGUAUAGUGAUUUGACUGAUAAUAUGGGGGGUGGGAUAGGAAGUAUUGGCUUACCUCCUCUAGAACCGUCCUUGGAAGAUUUUGAUAUUAACUCUCUGCAGAUUAUACAAGAUGCGGAUCUUGAAGAAUUGAGGGAACUUGGUUCUGGCACAUUUGGAACUGUAUAUCAUGGAAAGUGGAGAGGCUCGGAUGUAGCAAUCAAGCGCAUAAAGAAAAGCUGCUUUACGGGGCGACAAUCAGAGCAAGAGCGUCUGACCAAUGAGUUUUGGAGGGAAGCAGAUAUUCUCUCAAAGCUUCAUCACCCAAAUGUGGUAGCCUUUUAUGGCGUUGUACAAGAUGGACCAGGGGGUACAUUGGCUACUGUAGCAGAAUUCAUGGUUGAUGGAUCUUUGCGACAUGUUUUACUUCGGAAAGAUAGACACCUUGAUCGCCGGAAGCGGCUUAUAAUUGCCAUGGACGCAGCUUUUGGGAUGGAAUAUUUGCAUUCAAAGAAUAUAGUGCACUUUGAUUUGAAGUGCGACAAUUUGCUUGUUAACUUAAAAGAUCCUUCAAGACCUAUAUGCAAGGUAGGUGAUUUUGGUCUAUCAAAAAUUAAGCGGAAUACGUUGGUUUCUGGUGGAGUUAGGGGAACUCUGCCUUGGAUGGCUCCGGAGCUAUUAAAUGGUAGCAGCAGUAAAGUAUCUGAGAAGGUUGAUGUCUUUUCAUUUGGUAUUGUCUUGUGGGAGAUACUUACUGGAGAGGAACCUUAUGCAAACAUGCAUUAUGGCGCAAUCAUAGGAGGCAUUGUGAACAACACACUGAGGCCGACAAUCCCGAGCUACUGUGAUUCAGAAUGGAGACAGUUAAUGGAGCAGUGUUGGGCCCCGAAUCCAGUGAUGAGGCCGUCGUUUACAGAGAUAGCAAGCCGCUUGCGUGUAAUGUCGGCCGCAGCCCAGCCCCAGCCAAGGAAGGCAGCAGCCUCAUAAGGUUUUGGUAUGUUCCUUACUGAUCAAAGCAAUUAGUUGAUUCAAUUGUACACACUAGGGACUACUACCACAGGUUGAUCAACAUAUACAGAUGCUGAGGUUAUGAAACAUAUACUCCUAUUAUUAUGAACAGAGGUUUUGUUUGCCUCUCUAUUUUCUUUAA